UGUGACUAAAACGAAUGAAAAUCAUAGGUUUAGAAUUAGAUACUACUCCUAUUUUAAAUUCCGGCGAAGAAGAAUGGUCCAAAAACGAACUCCCCCCUUUUAUGACGACCGUAUUUCUCCCUACCGACGCUUCUGUUUCACAGCGUCUACUGUGUGUUUUUCUCUGUUUCUCUAUACAGACACCUGAUUUUCGCUCCACUGAUUUCUUUUGGGGGCUGUCUUGUUCCUUGCCUCUGUCUCUCUCUGUCCCAUCACCUGACACCUAAAUGCUGCCACUACAUUAGCUACCUCAAUCCAAUAAUAUACCCCCAAGAGAGAGAGAGAGAGGUUAUUGAUGAUAUUGAUUGUAUUUAGCAUUUACAUGAAGAUUUUUCACCUGGGUUUAUCCAAAGAUGCAAACUUUACAAGAACCCAGUAAUGCGGAUUUGGAAUCUGCAGCUGAUUCUGAUAAUGUCGGUGGUUUAAGGAAAGUUGCAAUCGAGAUUGUGGUUGUGGCAGAAAACGGCAAUGGUGGGGAGGAGAGGAGAGAAUCCAGUGUAUCCGAGUGCUCUGUAGAGAUUGUGGAUCUGGAAGGUGGAGCUCAGCUGCAUUUGGCUAAAAUUGAGAGGGAUUGUAGGAUAUGCCACCUCAGCAUGGAUGCAACUGAUCAGGACUCAGGGUUUGCCAUUGAGCUGGGAUGCUCUUGUAAGGAGGAUUUGGCUGCUGCCCACAACCAAUGUGCUGAGGCAUGGUUCAAGAUUAAAGGAGACAAAACCUGUGAGAUAUGUGGAUCCCUUGCAAAAAAUGUGGUCGGGGUAACUGAGACCGAGCUGACAGAGUCAUGGAACGAGACCGGUGAUACUGCUGCUGCAAGUGCAGCAUCCCAGUCGCGGAACUUCUGGCAAGGCCGGCGCUUUCUCAACUUCUUGUUAGCUUGCAUGGUGUUUGCGUUUGUCAUAUCGUGGCUUUUCCAUUUCAACGUGCCAUCUUGAAACUCAUGGAGACUGCGUGAACCAGUAAGUACCCGAUAAAUAUCCACUCUUUGGAGGUGUAUCCCUUUUCCCUUUCCGUAGCGCCUAUCCACACCGUUGUGUACAUUAGCGCCUCCUCCCCUGCCUUCUUCUGCAAAAUGCACGAUCUCUUCGUGCACGCGUGCACAAGAGACCAUCUCAUUUAAUUAUACCAAUCAUGCUUCAGUUAUGUACAAACAAACUUAAUUGUCUUAAUUCUCUGUUCCUCACUUUGUGCUACCA